CGUCCUCAUUCCCGCUGCACUGCUCCCGCCCUUUACAAAAAACCAGAUCUCCAAGUCAUCAAAUGACAAGGCGAGCGCCCGGAGGCUCUUGUGGCUCCGGCAGCAGCUGCCCGCAGCAGCCGGGCAGGGGCGCUCUCCACUCGGAGCUGCCGGCGGCAGGAGCAGCGGACGCCUCCCCCGGCCAGCGGCUUCCCAGGCGGAGAAGUUCGCUCAGCCCCAGCCGAGCAGGAGGCGGCGGCGGCGGCGACUCGUGCGAGCUUGGCGGGGGGACGCGCAGACGUCGCCAGGAGCUGCCGCUGCCUGGACCUCGCCCCGCACCCCAGCCAGCCGCUCCCUCCCUCCGGCUCUGCCGAGCCGCCGCCGCCGCUGCAUGAGGCGCGCCGGGCUGGUCUUCGGGGCCACCUGUUCCGCUCUGCGCCCGCCCGCGCCCACUCCCCCGGCCGGCCAUGAACGCCUCGCUGGGCAAUCAGACCGAGGCGGCGGGGCUCUUCUUCGCCAACAGCAGUGACGCCCUGGAGCGGGCCCUGGGCUGCUGCACCCAGGCCUCCGUGGUGACCGACAACGGCUUCGUGGUGACCGGGCAGGACGAGAGGAGCCUCUACAUCAUGCGGGUGGUGCAGAUCGCGGUCAUGUGCGUCCUCUCGCUCACCGUGGUCUUCGGCAUCUUCUUCCUGGGCUGCAACCUGCUCAUCAAGUCCGAGGGGAUGAUCAACUUCUUGGUGAAGGACCGGAGACCGUCCAAAGAGGUGGAGGCGGUGGUGGUCGGGCCCUACUGACAGCAAGUGCCUCCCGCCGAGGAUCCGGCCAGGAAACAGGUGGCACUUUCCGCAGGCCCUCGCUGCUGCUGCUGCUGCUCCAGCGGCCAAGGUUGCCUUUUGCCCGAGGGGGCCAGCCCCACCCCGGGAAGGGGAGCGGAGGCGCCCCGGGACCCGCUGCUGGCUUGGGGGCUCUGUGACUGCUUGCUGCCCGGGGACGCUCCGAUGCAAGUCUCGGGACUCCCGCGGCUCCUGAGAUGGGUGGCUGGGCGGGACGGACACAGCCCCAGCAAGGAGCCAGGGCGCGUCUUUCUCUUCUGUGUGUGACCCGGCCAGAACUGAGCCUCCUGCAGCGUCUUGUAUAUAGUGAUUAUAAUGCACUUUGCUGCCUGGUUUAAAAACGGGGAAGGGGAGGGGAGCGGGGGGGUUGGUAAGGAAAUGCUGAUUGUCAAAUGUUAAUUCCUGUUUUAGAGAUUUUCCUUCCACAGUUUUUUAUUCGUUUGAUAACAACCAGGACGCGGGUUGGCAGUUCGGUGCCUCCAGAGAAACAACACUAACCACCCCCAUGUGAAUGUUUCGAAGUUGUCUUUCUACUGUCGCUCUUUUCGUAGCCAGGGUCCAAGUCACUCUUGAGCCCGCAGGAGCCGGCGAGCCUGAAGGCUGAGCCCUCGCUUCUUGUCUAUGAAUUGCACGGUUUACACAGCGAAAGGCGCUCGGGCGGGAACUGUCUUGGUGUGGUGUUUUUUUGUGGGGUUUUUUUUUUUUCUGAUUUCAUUUGCUUUAAUAAAUACAUCUUAAACUUUUA